AUGAAGUAUUCGAUCGUAUUCUCCGCCAUUUUCGCUGGACCUACUGUCGCCUCUCCGGCCCAAUGGGCUCCCCAGUGCAAGACCGGUGCCGACUGCAAGCCUAACGAGCACUGUGACAACAUUGGCAACUGUGUUGUCAGCAAGGACACCCGCGACACUCCUCUAGCUCAGCUUGGACAGGCUUGCCACAUCGGACGUGACUGUGCGGGCAGCCUGGAGUGCAUUAAGGAUAUCUGCGCUGCACCCCGCAAUAAGCGCGAUGCCCUUCUCGCCCAUUUGAGCGAGAAUUGCAAGCAGACUUCUCAGUGUGUGAAGGGACUUGUCUGUGAUAAGGACCUCUGUGUUGCGCCCAAGGACAAGCGCGAUACCUUGUCCGAGUCUGGCCAACCUUGCAAAAUCAAUGGUGACUGUGUGAAGGGCCUUGUUUGCGGACAGGAUGAUACAUGUGUUGCCCCGAAGAACAAGCGGGAUUCGCCUUUGUCCCAGCUGGGCCAAAAAUGCCACAAGGACUCCGAGUGCGCGAAGGGUCUGGUUUGUGAGAAGGACACUUGCCUUUCCCCGAAGAACAAGCGAGAGGACGCCGUUCCCCUGGGGCAUUUCUGCCACGCUUCUUCCGACUGCCGCGAUGGCCUCGUCUGUGAGAAGAACACCUGCAUCGCUCCCAAAGACAAGCGUGGCAACUCAAAGGCUCUACUUGACCAUGCCUGCAAGCUGAACGGAGACUGCAUCAAAGGCCUUGUCUGCGGUCACGACAGCACCUGUGUUGCGCCCAAGGAGAAGCGCGGUGUCACUGGCGAUGAGUGCCAGACUGAUGCCGACUGCCAGGGCCUCAACAAGCUGACCUGCCAGGUCAUUAAGGGCAACAAGCUCUGCGCCGCCCUCCAGGAGUCCAACUAA